AUGGCAUUAUAUCUCAUUCGAAAUGGUUAUCCACCUAUUGUUUUCCAGCAAGUUCCGCGAGAAGAAUAUGGUGCUACAUUAUUUCUGGCACAAACGGAAAAAGAUUCAACAGGACUAAAACAUAUUCAAUGUUUUAAUGAGGUACCAAUUGACUUUUUAAUGAUCAAUGAUAACUAG